AUGAACAGCCCAGGGUUAGAUCUUGAUAUCGAAAGUGAUGACACAUUAAAUUUGGAAAAGAAAUUUUAUAAUUUGGGAUAUCAAGAAGGAAUUCAACAAUCAACUAGAGAACAAUAUUUAGAAGGUAAACAAUUUGGUUAUCAGACGGGCUUUCAACGAUUCUUGAUUGUUGGAUACAUUAAAGGAUUGAUCAACGAUUGGAAUUCAAAUUUGAAAAAGUACGAAUCAAAUCAACAACAACAAAUUCAAAAUCAUUUAACUCAGUUAACUAAUUUCGUAAAUAACAUUACAUUAAUUAACAGUGAUAGCGAAGUUGAAAAAUUUGAAAAGAAUUUAUCAAAGUCUAAAAGGAAACUCAGAAUAAUAGUCGGGAUUACUAAAGAACAUUGGAAAAUUGAAAAUCUAGAUGAAUUAAUCAACAAAGUUGGAGGGAAUAUGCAAUUGAGUGAAAAUGUGGAUGAAAUGUGGUAG